AUGAGCUCCUCUUGGAUGAGAAGCCUGUACAGGCCGGUAUCCAAAACCACGGCUAGACUUUCCAAGCUGCAUGAGACUAGGUGUCUGGCAUCUAACAUCACCUCCUUGCCGGCCGCCACUUCGCCAGAGAGCCCAGUCUUGUUGCCCGCCUCAACGCCCAUUGAGGAAGAAGAGCUGCCCGGCUAUGUCGCUGAGAACUACUAUCCGACACGUAUCGGACAAGUCUUCGAGUCGCGAUACCGUGUUCUCUGCAAGCUGGGUCGAGGGACUGGGUCGACUGUCUGGUUAGCUAAGGAUCUAAGUCAUGAGGAAUAUCGUGUGCUCAAAGCUUGCACGAUAUCCAAGAAUGGCUUUGUUUUGCAGCAAGCUAAGAAUGAGAUUACCGUGCUGGAUUACCUCAAGUCAUCCCCUGUGCAACAACAUCCGGGCAAAGCCUUCGUCAGAACAAUUCUAACCUCGUUUGAGGUCUCGGGACCCAAGGGAUCGCAUAAAUGCCUGGUAUACCGGCCAUUGGGAAUGACAUUCACCGAGCUGCGAAAUCUCCUCCCCGAAAGGAGGAUCGAGACUCGGAUGCUACAGCAUGCGUUGCAGAUACUUCUAGUGGCCUUGGAUUACCUGCACAAAAAUAAUGUGGUUCAUACGGAUAUUUCUCCGAAUAAUAUCCUUUGCGGCGUGAAGAACCUGUCACCAUUUGAAGAACUCGAAGAAGCUGAGCGAGCACAGCCAGUCGCGCGCAAGGUGCUUCGCGAUCGAGUAAUUUACCUGUCGCGGCAGACACCCAUGACACAAGGCGAGCCUGUUCUGUCUGACCUCGGGUCCGCAAGGUUUGGGCAAGAACAGUACCAAGGGGACAUUAUGCCACUGGUCUACAGAGCUCCCGAAGUGAUUUUGGAUAUGAAGUGGUCCUCCAAGGUAGAUAUCUGGUCUAUGGGUGUCAUGGUUUGGGAUUUGCUUGAAGGAAGACGCCUAUUCGCAGCCAAAAGAGGCGGCCUUGUAAACGAUGAGCAACAUCUGGCAGAGAUGGUAUCCCUCAUGGGCCCACCACCACGUGAAUUCCUGCAAAGAAGUAAAAAAUGUGCCACUUAUUUUGAUGACUCUGGCAACUGGCUGGGGUCCAUUCCAGUUCCAACCACGUCUCUCGAAGAGCGUAUUACCCGCUUGGAAGGCGAAGAUAAACAGCUAAUGCUGGAUUUUGCUCGUCGUGCCUUGCGCUGGCUACCAGAGGAGCGGCCCACGGCUGAGGAACUGGCGUUUGAUGACUGGUUGAUGCAACCAUACUCGGAAUCCAAGGCUUCGGGUAAAGGUCUCAGUAGUGACCAAUAG